AUGCGGGUGCACCUGGGCACUCUGGCAGGCGUGGCGGUACUCACUGGAGCGCUUAGCUUCCUUCUGCUGGCGACCGCCAUCGGCACGGACUUCUGGUACAUCAUCGACACGGAGCGGCUGGAACGCCGCGGCCCUGGGACACAGGAUCCGGGGGGAGCCGCCAACCUCAGCCAGUCCGAACCUCUGAGCUCUCACUCCGGACUCUGGCGGACCUGCCGCGUCCGGAGUCCCUGCCUGCCGCUGAUGAAUCCCUUCUGGCAGGAGAACGUGACCGUCAGUGACUCUAGCCGGCAGCUUCUCACCAUGCAUGGGACCUUUGUGACCCUGCUGCCACUCAGCCUCAUCCUCAUGGUCUUCGGGGGCAUGCUGGGCUUUCUGAGCUUCCUCGUCAGAACCCACCUCCUGUUUCUGCUCACUGGGGUCCUCUUCCUCUUUGGAGCCCUGGUGACCUUAGCCGGGAUCAGCGUCUACAUCGCCUACUCAGCGGCGGCCUUCCGGGAGGCGCUGUGUCUCCUGGAGGAGAAGGCCCUGCUGGACCAGGUGGACAUUCGCUUUGGCUGGUCCCUGGCCCUGGGCUGGGUCAGCAUCACGGCAGAGCUGCUCACUGGUGCGGCCUUCUUGGCAGCCGCCCGGGAGCUCACCCGGAGGCAGAGGCAGGACCAGGCCAUCUGA